GCAUCCCCGGAGCUGCCCGGUGCCCAUGGACGGGCUGCUGCUCUUGUGGGGCAUUGUGCUGGCGGGCAGUGCCCGCUGCCAGGCGGUGCCCGCCGAGCCGGGCGCGCCCUCCUGCCCGCCCCAGUGCCACUGCGAGCAGGAUGGCAUCGUGCUCUCGGUGGAUUGCUCCGAGCUGGGGCUCUCGGAGCUCCCCGCCAGCCUGAGCCCUCUCACCGCCUACCUAGACCUGAGCAUGAACAACAUCAGCGAGCUGCAGCCGCGCGCGCUCCGGCACCUGCGCUUCCUGGAGGAGCUGCGCCUCUCUGGAAACCAGAUCUCCAGGAUCCCAGGGGAAGCUUUCUCUGGCCUCUACAGCCUGAAGAUCCUGAUGUUGCAGAACAAUCAGCUGAGCAGCAUCCCUGCAGAGGCACUGAGAGAUCUUCCAAAUCUCCAAUCUCUCCGCCUGGAUGCAAACCUCAUCUCCGUGGUGCCCGACAGGAGCUUCGAGGGGCUGCUGUCCCUGCGUCACCUGUGGCUGGACGAUAACGCGCUGACAGAGAUCCCGGUGCGCGCCCUCAACCACCUGCCAGCGCUGCAGGCCAUGACCCUGGCCCUCAACCAGAUCUGGCACAUCCCCGACUUCGCCUUCCAGAACCUCAGCAGCCUCGUGGUGCUGCACCUGCACAACAAUCGGAUCCAAAGCCUGGGAGCCAACGGCUUUGAUGGGCUGCACAGCCUGGAAACCCUGGAUCUGAAUUACAACGAGCUGCUGGAAUUCCCCGGGGCUAUCAGGACACUGGGCCGACUGCAGGAGCUUGGUUUUCACAACAACAACAUCAAAGCUAUUCCAGAGAACGCAUUCGUUGGGAAUCCCCUCCUCCAAACAAUCCAUUUUUAUGACAAUCCCAUCCAGUUUGUUGGACAGUCUGCUUUCCAGUACUUGCCAAAGCUCCACACUCUGUCCCUCAAUGGAGCCACGGACAUCAGGGAGUUCCCAGACCUCAAAGGCACCACCAGCCUAGAAGUUUUGACCCUGACCCGGGCAGGAAUCCAUUUCCUCCCCAGAAGGAUGUGCCAGCAGCUGCCCAGCCUCCGAGUCCUAGAGCUGUCACACAACCAAAUUGAGGAGCUGCCCAGUUUCCACCGGUGCCAGCAGCUGGAGGAGCUGGGUCUGCAGCACAACAAGAUCCAGGAGAUCAGAGCAGACACCUUUGUGCAGCUGCUGGCCCUGCGCUCCAUAGACCUGAGCUGGAAUUCCAUCCAGUUUAUUCACCCAGAAGCCUUUGUGACCCUGCACUCCCUCACCAAGCUGGACCUGACUGACAACCAGCUGGUCACGCUGCCCCUGGAUGGUUUGGCUGGACUGACCCACCUGAAGCUCCAGGGCAACCCAGCUCUCUCUGAGCCCUUCAGCAAGGAGAGCUUCCCCAAAAUGAGAGUCCUGGAGGUGCCCUAUGCCUACCAGUGCUGUGCCUACGGGAGCUGCAGCAGCUUCUUCAGGGUGUCCAGCCAGUGGGAGGCAGAAGACGUGGCCCCUGAGGAGGAGGAUCCCCACAAGAGGACCUUGGAGUUGUUCCCAGGUCACGCUGACAACCACUAUGACCUGGAUGCAGAUGAUCUUCAGCUGGAGCUUGAGGAAUCCAAGCUGCACCCCACAAUUCAGUGCACACCAAGCCCAGGUCCCUUCAAGCCCUGUGAUCACCUGUUUGAGAGCUGGAUCAUCCGCCUGGGAGUCUGGCUCAUCGUCCUGGUCUCGGUGCUCUGCAACGGGCUGGUCAUCCUGGCUGUCUUUGCUUCCCCCAGCUACCUGUCCCCGGUGAAGUUCCUGGUGGGCUCCAUAGCCGGGGCCAACCUGCUGACGGGCAUCUCGUGCAGCAUGCUGGCCCUCGUGGACAGCCUCACCUACGGCCGCUUCGCCCGCUACGGCGCCCGAUGGGAGACAGGCGCGGGCUGCAGGGUGACAGGGUUCCUGUCCGUGCUGGCCUCCCAGGCUGCCAUCUUCCUGCUGACCCUGGCUGCUGUGCAGUGCAGCCUCUCGGCCUCCUGUGUGCGGGGAUAUGGGAAGUCCCCGUCCCUGGGCAAGGUCAAGGCCGCCGCCUGUUGCUGCCUCUUGUUGUCCUCUGUGGCCGCCAUCCUGCCUCUCUUCUCCAUUGGGGAAUAUGGAGCAUCCCCUCUGUGCCUCCCAUACCCCAUCCCAGAGGGGAAACCCAGCAGCCUGGGCUUCACCGUGGCCUUGGUGAUGACAAACACGCUCUGCUUCCUGACCAUCACGGGCACCUACAUCCGCCUCUACUGCAGCCUGCUCAAGGGGGAGUUCAGCGCUGUCUGGGACUGCGCCAUGGUCAAGCAUGUGGCCUGGCUGAUCUUCACCAACUGCCUCCUCUACUGCCCAGUGGCCUUCCUCACCUUCUCCUCUACCCUCAAUCUCUUCCUUAUCACCCCAGAGGUCAUCAAAUCCAUCUUCCUUGUGGUCCUGCCCCUGCCCGCCUGCCUGAACCCCUUGCUCUACCUGCUCUUCAACCCCCACUUCAGAGAUGACUUCCGCCUGCUGAGGCAGAAAGGGCAGGACAAGAGCAGCUUCCCCCAGUCCUGCAGGGCUGAUGACAUGGAGAAAAGCUCCUAUGACUCCACCCAGGCUCUGGUGAACUUCUCUGACAUCGACCACAUGUGUGAGACACCUGAUUCCCUGGGAGUGCGGCCCAUUCUUGACAGCUACAGCUUCCCCUCCAUGGCGCUCAUCCCCUGCCAGCAAAGGGUGGGCACCAGGGGCAAGGAGAGGGGCUGCUCUGAGCACUGCCCCUGCCUCAAUGACAGUGAGGUGCUGAUAACUCCAGAGAGCCGGGAUCUGUCUGGCAGCAGCCUCCGGAUAACCUUCUUCCCUUCCCCAGCCACGCCGCCCUACACAUCUCACUUAUAACCCUGCUGGGAGCAGCCGUGGGAACGGCCCCACAGCCCACACCGAGGGCCAACACCAGUGCCCAGGGGCCAGCAAGGUGACACAAACGGCUCCCUGAAAAGCACCAGUACAAUCUGUCUUCCCUCAUCCCCAUCACACCUGCCUGGGCAACAGGCACUGCUCUGCCAGCUGCCCCUGGCCUAGAAGGGCUCUGACUGAGCUCCAGACACUCAGGGCUGGCCAUGGGAGGAGACAAUCCCUGUGUGAGUCUCACUUCUGCUAGGAACUGCCUGGGAGAGAGCCCCCCUGGCUCAGGAAGUGGGUCAGGGAAAGCUCCUCCUGCCCACCCUGCAGCAUCACCAGCCAGGAGGAGCCUGCAGCAAAGCCAAGCUUGUGUUCCCAAGGCAGAGACCUCUUGGCCAAAACCAUGGCUCUGUAGCAACCCCUGGAAAUGGCCACCUGCAAUGACAUGGCCACCCACAGGAACCCCAGACCUUGUCCUCUAGGGCUCUCUGCAGGUCCCACACACCCUGGAAAUGGGCUGGUGCCUGUCUCACGCCACCAAAAGCAGCAUAUCCAUGUGUACACCUGAGUUUUGGAUGCCUCUACUUUGGGAAUCCCCAUUCAUUCGCUGGGAGCCUCAUGGGUUGGACACAACCCUCACUUCCAGCCAAGCCCAGGAGCUGGGGAUGCUCAGCCUUUCAAUCUGACCCACAGAGUCUCACAAGGGGUCUCUGAAACCCACAGCAGCCAAACCCAAGCAGUUCCCAGAGAAUCCCAUGUGCUCUGCCUGAGGUCACCCAGCAGCACCAAGCCAAGGCACCCAAGGGCACAGCAGGCCCCUCAAACAGCACAGCACACCUGGGGCACUCCUGUCUGCAGCCACCUGCUCCUGGUCAGACAUGGUGAAAAUGGGUCUGGCUGCUGCCUCAUCGCCCCCAAACCUCCCUCCUGAAAGAGGCUCUUGGUUCUGGGUACAUGUCCCACACACAGUGGAGCCAUUUGGGGCACUGCAUGUGUCUUCUCCUGUUUUAAGGGCAGGCAGCUGGUGUAGAAGGAGGAAAGAGAAAUCAGCAUUGUGGGAUGGUGGCAUCAGGAGGACACAGGCCACUGGGAACAGCCUCAAAUCCACUCCCUGCACCUCAGGGAUCUCCCAAAUCCUCUGACUCCAUCACAAACCCUCCCAGUGCCACCCAGUGCAGCAGGGAGCCCUGUGCUCAGAGCUCAGGCCUGGGCAAAGCUUUGGUUCUGCUGACGUUACUGCAGCUGUUUGUCACUCA